UAUAUAUGUGUAUGUGUGUGUAAAGCCCAUAGCCAUUCAUAUCCAACAAAAUCACUCUCACUCAUAUAAAUGAAGGCGGCAACACCAGAGGCACCGGCAGACCCUGCCAAGAGUGGUACAGAAGCCAAAUCUGCGUCAACCCUGGUCAAUGGAGUUGACAAAAAUAAUGCAACAAGAAUAUACCCUAGAAAAUUAAAUUUUUCAUUAAAAUUUUCUCUCGACGAAGAAAGUUCGAACGGUAAUUGGAAAUGGGAAUCCAGUGGCGAAGAGGCGGCAGCUCUGGUGUCAAAAGUGAUAUGGCUAGAAGUGACGGGAGAAAAGGAAGUAGAUCCUACAAAGAAGUAUGAAGUGAAGUUUAAAGUAUCCUUGAAAGAAGAAUCGUCACCAACUGAAUGGGAAAAUAUUCCUCUGUAUGUUAUGGCUAGGAGAGGGAAGAAGAGAGAUUAUUGUUGGAAAAAGUUUGUGCUAAGCAACGUUACUGGCAAAGGUUCUGAACGCGAGAUAGGGUUGGUGAUUGACAAGGUAGCUUCUAACGAUGAUGAGGAUAAGAAGCUUUACUUUGGUUUAUAUGAUAUUUGGAGUGGGAAGCUCAAGAAAGGUUUGGCUAUUCACUAUGCAUCUGUGCAAGAGAUUCCUUAGCUUAAAACAUAUAUAAUUUAUACUCUUAUCAAAGUUUUACAAAAAAUAAAACAUUAUGUUCAAGAUGAUAAUAUGUGUAGUAGUGUUCAUUAGUGACAUGUGGGCUUAGCUAGCGAAAAGAAUCAUAAAUAAGGUCUUUGGGUUGAAUUACAAUUUUGUAUAUUGCCCAAAGAGAUAAACGCUUUUAGUCCUAACAUAGUAGUGAUUAUUUAUUAUCCAUUCAGUCGUUUAGUA